UCCGCGGAGCGUAAAAACAGUUCAUAGCACUAACUACGGCAAGAAAUUUUAUUAGGCUCAAACUAUAUAUCUGUGCUGUUUGUGACGCCUACCCACUUAGAACUGUUCUAUCUCAACGUCAAUUUCAACGUAUCUGCCUUCAGGGACUUGUUUCUUCGAGCGAUAUCCCAUUUUAACACGCGUAUCUUGAGGCACACAACAUCAGCCGUAGUUUUGACAUUGUAAGACCGGCAAGCUUCUCUCGGCCAUUCGAGAGUUGAAUGGCUUUUGAUCAGAGCAUUUCCUGGUUUCAGCAAAAGCUCGGAAAGUAUGAUAAAGCUUCAUGGGAAAGAACAUUUGAAGUACAAGAGCAGGAGACGGGUACCUUUAUUCAUGUUCCUAAGAAGCCUGGUGGUUUAAAACCUGAACUGAUAGAUGUUGAUUUAGUUAUUGGUUCAACAUUUCCCAAGACAAAGCCAGUUCAUAGUUGGUUUGCUGUCACACAGAAAGGAGUGUGUAGAGUUCUUCUGUUUCCAUUUUUCCGAUCAUGGUGGACGCAACAGUUAUCCCCUAAGCUAUGGUUCCUGUUUCUAUUUCUUUAUUUUUGUGAAGUUUUGGUGCUAUUUGUUUACUUAAGAAAAUGGGAAUCACACUGGAAGGUUGUCACUUGGUCAGAAGCAUGUGGACCAGCUCUGAUCAUGGUUCUGCUGGGUGUUCUCUACAUGUACAUGGUGUCCACUGACUAUUCAAGCUCAUCUCAAAGAAGAAAGGCUAAAAGUCUCAAUAGGAGACGAAGAGCUGCCAGACAGAAGAGAAAGAGCAGCACACAAGAAAAUGGAAUGGCACAUGAUAGCAUUGUUACAAAUGGAAUACGACAGAGGAAGUCCACAAACUUGUCACCUGACUUUAACAUCAAGGAUAACAUAGAAACUGUGGAGAAUUCAAAUCAUUACAAUUCAAAAGACAAUGACAAUGAUAAAACAGAAGAAGAACUGAGUGAAAGUGGAGAGACGACCUCGUCAACCACAGAAAGUGAUGUGUCUGAUGUUGAAAUGGACAGUAAUAGUGAGGAUCCCUUUGCUUGGGAUAAACAGGGUAAUGGAUCUCCAGGAAUGCAAACCAGCCCAACACCCCCACCCACUGCAGAGAAGGUUAUGGUUUCUAUUUGGGAAGGAAAUCAAUGCAAAAAAGCCCAAUUAACACUCAUGGAGAUUAGUGCUGCCAUUGCCAACAAAGUGGACUCUCAUAAAAGCCACACGGGUUAUGUGCAGUUUUCUGUUGUUGUCUCUAUGACCCUUGCAUUUAUUCCUCUUCUUUUCCGUCUCUACAACACAACAGGAACUAUUGGAGACCUUUUGAUUAGCAACAGUGAAGAUCUCUUGUGUAAAAUGUUUGGAUAUUCAUCAUGGUCACGUGUCAUUGUUGUUAUUAGCAUGCUGGAGAGGUUCUUCUUGAGUUUCUCCUUCUUCUUUCUGCUGUGCGUCGCAGAAAAAUCCUACAGAGAGCGAUGUCUGUACGCAAAGUUAUUUGGAUGGCUAACGUCGUCGCGGAAGUCUCGCCGUGCGGGGCUCCCUCACUUUCGUCUCCACAAAGUACGGAACAUAAAGACCUGGCUGUCGCUAAGAUCCCUGUUAAAGAGACGAGGUCCUCAGAGAUCUGUUGACAUGAUUGUGUCAUCAUCCUUUAUACUGGGCAUGGUUCUAGUAAUUCUCAUGUGUGUACAGCUUAUAAAGGGAAAUGAAAAAGAGAGGUUUCUGUCGAUAUUAUUUAACUGGGAGGUGUCAAUAUGGUGCCUUGUUUUAUCUGUCUAUGUUCUGCGGUUCAUGACGUUAGGAUCCAAGAUCAACAGUAAAUUUACGAACACUUCGGGACUACUAACGGAGCAGAUUAAUCUGUACCUUCAAAUGGAAAAAGCUCCUCAUAAAAAAGACGACCUGACAAUAGCUAACCAUGUGCUUAAGUUGGCCUCGAAACUACUAAAGGAAAUUGAGAGCCCAUUCAAGAUGUCUGGUUUAUCCAUGAACCCCUUGCUGUAUAACAUCACCAGGGUAGUUGUGCUGUCUUUGUUUUCUGGAGUCAUGUCAGAUCUUCUUGGAUUCAGACUAAAGGUUUGGAAAAUCAAGACGUAGCAUCAACUUGAUGAGAAAAAAAAGGCAAAUUAUUUAUAUUUAACUUAACACACACGUUUUAUUUUUCUGUCAAAUGAGGUUGUAUAUAUUCUAUUAACGCCACGUGAAGUGGUGAUCAUAUAUAUAAAUAUAUAUAAAGGGCUCGUAGGGCCAAAUUUCAAAAUAAGAAUUGCUAAAAGAGGCGGCCAGAGGAACCGUGGGUGACAAUAAUGAAAGUUUAUCGCGAAGCGAUUGAUUUAAUGCGUUUUGAUUAGUCAUAUUUACGAAAAAAGAUAGCCCAUCUUUGAUUUAUGGUUUCCAUGGGGUGCGGGUUUACAUUUAUGCACAAAGUUCCUUUGAUUUCGCACUAAAAUGCUGUAAGCCUUGUUUUAAGCUGGUGUAUUAAGUAAUUGGAGAGGCAGUGGCCUGCUUCUAGAGGUCUGGAUUCGAGCUCUGAACGGCACUUUGGGUGGUGUUUUGUGCAAGACGCUUUUUACUCUUGCAGCGUUUCCCUCCACCCAGGAUUACAAAUGAUUAUCAGCGAGAUGUUAAGCUAUGCGUGAUUUGAAAUGGACAGCAUCCUUUUCAAGGGAAGAAGCGAUAUUUUAAUAUGGCCACUGAAAUCAGCCUAAGUAUUCUAGCGAUCGGCUUCUUACUUAAAAUCAUAUUAGCAUCUUAUAAUUCUUCUCGAUAUUGUCGCCUACUAUUUCACGCUUCGUAUAGUCAUUCUAGCCCGAAACAACUGUAUAUUACUUCUCACCUUGCUAUAUAAGUAUUGGAAUUUACUAAUGGUUGGCAAGUACAUUUCUUCUCUCAGUUAUCCUGUUAAUCCAACAACUUAGUAAACUGACGUUAGUUAAACGGUGGUUUGCGUCGGGAAAACAAUUUAGAUUAAUUCUCUACACCCUUUAGUAUUCGUGUUUUCCUCACUGUUCUCUUAAAUUUCCAAUAACACUGACAAGGAGAAUUUCUUGUAUUGGUGAUCAUUUUUUUUAUUCUCGUGACCUUUAUAGUUGAUUUAAGGGCGAUACUGUUAGGAGAAAUCAGAAGUUAGUCACUCUUAGGGGUUAAAGGAUAACAAACUAUUGAACGAAACUCCAACAAUAUGAAUUAAGGAACGUUUUCAUACUUUAUUUUUAAGACUUGAACUAUUGUGUAUAUCUGUUAUAAAGUUUUUGUCGAAUUCUCAGUUGUUCAGUUUGAUUAAACACAGGAUCAGUUAAAUGCUAACCAAGAAGUUAGUUUCCUGUGCUUGAAGAAGUUAUAAUCAGUAAUUGAGUUUGCAAGAGUUUGCAACUUUGCAAUUUCGUUCUCGGGUUAAAAGGCUAUUCGGACGGAAAUUUGUUCCAGGGAUAAGCGAUUGGAAGUCGGUUAACAUUCCACAAUUCGUUAGAUAAGAAAUUGCAUGGCUGCCAAAAGGUCUGAUGGCUUAAAGAGGGAGAUUUUAAAUCUCUCUGUGGCUUUGUAACGUCAUGUCUUCGAGAAAGUGACGGUAAAAUCAUCUUAACUCGAACUUUGAAAAGUUUCGGUGUUCAACCGCCAUUUUGAAAAAAAGGGUCUUCCAGUGUUUGAUGAUGGACACGUGGCAUUUACUGCUGCUAUAUAACACUAAGGGCCCAUAGAGUUACUGAGUUCAGUCAUCAAAUAAUUGCCUUCUCCUUCGCUUGUUAUUUGUCUAAUUAUAGUACGGUGAAUUUGAUCACGAGCGGUCCCUCCUUUUCGGCUAAGUCCGUCACGCGAGUCAAUAGAAAAUCGGCGAAAAAAACAAAUUAAUGUUUGCGCGUCGCGUAGAACUCCUAGGAGCACGUAACGCUAUGCACAGAGUUCCGCGUGGCGCGCUACCAUCGAUCUUUUUUUCGCUGAAUUUUUUGACUCGCUCGACGAACUGCUCCAAAAUUGAUGGACUGCACGUAGUCUACUUGAAAUAAUAAAUAAUAAUUUUAUUUUAUUGAAUGAUGUUGAUAUUUUCAAUAAAAUUAUUA